AUGGCGCCGUGGACGUGUCUUCUUCUCCUUGCCGCUGCUCAAUUUGCUUCCGUAUACGCACAGAGCUAUUCCAAUUGUCAUAAUCAUGGCCCUGUUCAAUACUGCUAUGGCCCUGAUGGCAAGGAGGUCCCAGUGACAACCAACGCUGCUGGUGUCACCACUCCUGCCCCAAGCCCAGCGAGUGCCUCUGCCACUCCUACGUCUGGGGCUGCAACAACGGCAAUAACGGGCUGCCAUACUCACGCCACCCAAACAUUCUGUCUUCUCCCAGGGGGUAAAGAGGCCCAGAUUACUGGCGGAAAAGCGCAGCCCACACCUCCUGCCCAGUACACUGGCUGCCAUAAUCAUGGCCCUAAACUGUAUUGUAUCGGCCCAGAAAAAGAGGAGGUCGAAGUCCUGGGCGUCACGGCGGCGCCGACAGCACCCUCAAAACCCAGUGGUGAAAGUCAUGCGGGCAUGGACUGCCACUUUCACGCCGGUGUAGAACACUGUGUCCCCAAAGGUGGGUCUGAGGGGGGAGCAGCCCCAAUAUCAUGCGCGAAGGUCAACCGCGAUUACAAUGUGCCUUAUCGAAUUGGCUCAAUAUUCGCCAUUCUCGUAACUAGCGCUAUUGGUGUCUUCGUUCCUGUGCUUUGGAAACGCCUUUCUCCGUCAACAGCAAGCUCUGCGGCAUUCCUUGUCAUCAAACAGUUUGGUACCGGCAUCAUGGUGGCAACUGCUUUCGUUCAUCUUCUCACCCAUGCUCAGCUCAUGUUUGCAAAUCCAUGUCUUGGUCGCCUCAAUUACGAAGCUACUACGACCGCCAUCCUGAUGGCUGGUGUCUUUUUGACAUUCUUGAUGGAAUUUAUCGGCCACAGGAUAAUGGAUGCAAGAGCACCUCCUAGACCUGACUCCGAAAGCUCAGAUUCCAAUCUACCACAACAAGCAAACAACAAGGAUCAAGCGGCAUCGACAUCGUCUACCGACUUGACCACCCACAAGCACGAUCACGACGAGCGCAAUGAUAAGCUCAGCGUUUUUAUGUUGGAAGCUGGAAUUCUCUUCCACUCUAUUAUUCUUGGUCUGACUCUGGUUGUCGCCGGAGAUUCAGGAUACACCCCUCUAUUCAUUGUCAUCAUAUUCCACCAGAUGUUUGAGGGUCUUGCUCUCGGCUCCAGAAUCGCAGAAGUUGCUGAGACAACACUGUCCGUAAAGCUCAUCAUGGCCACUAUGUUUGCCCUGAUCACUCCAAUCGGCAUGGCCAUUGGAUUGGGUGUCCGCCAUAGCUUCAACGGCAAGGAGAAGGGUACCAUUAUUGCCAUUGGCACCCUUGAUGCUUUCUCUGCCGGCAUCUUGACGUGGGCCUCUCUAGUAAACAUGUGGAGCCGUGAGUGGAUGCAUGGGGAAUUCCAAAAGACAGGGGCUGUCAAGACUGCUCUUGGUCUGCUCUCUCUAAUUUCGGGUAUGGUUUUGAUGUCGAUCUUGGGUAAAUGGGCAUAG